AUGUCUCAAAGAACUCUUCCUUUGCUCGUUAUAAACCUCGGCGGAGAAAUGAUCUACAUUCUGGAUCAGCGGCUCCGAGCGCAGGACGACAACGAUGACAAAACUCAGAGAGGUCGUUGGACAGACGAUGACAGGAAAAGAGUUAUAAAUGAUAUAGUGGCCACUAUGUUCAACAAGGCUUUUCUAGAGGAGCUGUUGCAGCCGCAGGAUCUGUACUCCCACCGAGCCCUGCGGACAGUUUUGACACGGCUAGCACACACCUCUAUUAUGCGUCUAAACCCAGCCAGCAUGGAUAAGCUUUACGAUUUGAUGACUAUGGCCUUUAAGUAUCAGAUCGUUUUGUGUCCACGUCCACGAGAUUUACUGCUUAUCACCUUCAACCACACGGACACCAUCAAGGAACUGGUGAAGGAUAAUCCCAGCCUCGUUAACCAGAUCAACGAAGCCCACAGGCAGCUUAUUGAGGUAUACACACCCUUAUCCGAUGGUGAGUUUCAACUAAUACGGCAUACGCUGCUGGUUCUCUUUCAAGAUAUGCAAAUCAGAGUCUCCAUUUUCUUGAAAGAAAAAAUCCAGAAUCCAAAUGGCCAUUUUGUGCUGCAAACCUCAGGGCCGGUGCCUUGCGGAUUUGAGGUUCCUGGUUUAAUCAGGUAUUUUCAUGCUAAAGGCCGCGAGGUGAAGAGGACAAGGUUUUUCAGCGGAGGAAGCUACACGAGUGCUGUACUCCAGGGUUCAUUUGACCUCUCUGGAGACAGGGUCACAUUUUUGGGCACCAACAUGUACAGCACACCCUCACCUGAAGAAACGGAUCCAUCAACUACCUCUAACAGAACAAGGAAACCAAAGCAGGCAGAAACAACGCCCAAUCCUCUGGCCACAGAGGAACUGAACCUCCUUGCUAAACUGAUGGGAGGAAUGGAGGUGCAGAAACUCUUGAAUAUGGACGCUGCUUUCAAAGUGAACCUGUUAGCCUUAGACCAGGAGGAGGAGGGCAUUGGAAUUUCAGAAGGAACGGAUAAGUCAUCUGGAGUCCUUAACAUCCAAGCCACACAGGAUCAGCUGGCCAGUAGUGAGCUGGCACGCAUAGCAGGAGAAUUUGAUGAAGGGGGAAGCCUGACAGAGGGACCAGGGAACAAGGGAGACGACUUGCUGGCUAUGAUGGAUGAGCUCUAAAGGUCAAUAUCUGUAGACUGUGAGUCAGGA